AUGUUCGACCACUUAAGUUGGUCACCAUUUACGCAGGGAUACACCAUGUGGAUCCAUCAUGGAGAGUCUUUUGUAAGAAAUAGUACUAUCUCCCCUAGUACUAUUCCAAAUAUGGUUGAAGAUACUAUCAUUGUCGAAGAUCCUAUUCAGAACAUGAUCAACGAUGCAUUUAGAGUUGAUAAGAAUCAUGCAAAUGAAAUACCAUAUGCGUCAAAUUUGGAGAUUGACCAAGAAGAUUAUGCGAUGCCAAGUGCAACUCAGGAAAGAAACGAAGCCAAGGAGUACUAUGAAUUGGCUAGAGAAAGAGAACAAACUUUAUAUGAAGGGUGUAGACGAUAUUCAAGACUAUCUUUUUUGGUUAAGUUGUACCAUAUAAAGUGUUUAUGUGGAUUGAGUGAGAAGGCAAUGGCAAUGAUUUUAGAGUUAAUAAAAGAUGCAUUUGAAAAUGCAAAUAUUCCAAGUUCGUUCUAUGAAGCCAAGAAAUCAAUCACAAAACUUGGUUUGAAUUAUGUAAAGAUAUCCGCAUGUCCAAACGAUUGUAUGCUUUAUUGGGGAGAAGAUGAAGAGAGGGAGACUUGCAAAAAUUUCAACACUUCAAAAUGGAAAACAAAUGAAGAUGUCUCUGUUAACAAGAAAAAGAAGAAAAUUCCUGCCAAGGUUAUUCGUUAUUUUCCAUUAAAACCUUGA